UCGAUGGAUACUUCUGGUAUUAGUAUAAUUUGAUUUUUGUUAGGUGAAAUUAAUAUAAUUGCUCAAUCAGGAACUUGAAUCAUGGACCCACAGAUUAAAAAUUUGAUGCUCUGCGAAUUGAGAUAUUUUGGCUAUAAAAUAAAGUUAUGGUAAGAAUUUUAUUAUACUUUGACCAUCGCAUCGUGGUUUGAUCACAUUUUCUAUAGUAUUUUAAAAGUAUAAUAAUGCGUGUUACGCUACAAGAAUUUAGUACAAUGAUUAGGUAAGUAAACUGUGUAUUACUUAACAUAAUUGUAAAGAAUAUUCAUAAUAAUAAUUGUUUAUCCUAUAAACAGAAUCGAAAAUUUAUCUUUUUUAAUGCUUCAAGUACGUGGGUCUUUCGCCGCGAGCGACUACGUUGGCCGGUGUCUGCGCUGUGUAAAAACUUGACAUUCGGGCGUCAAUAACUUCUGAACCCGAAAUCAGAAAAAUGCAGCCUAAGGCUUAUCUUGAUACGUAACAUGUUCAAUUAAUUGCGAAGUAUACAGUUUUGUCUUGCUCGAUUCUUAAAGCGAAUUUUAUUCUCCCCCCCUCACCAUCUUUACCGCCUGCGAAGAUCUGAGGCUGUAAUUUUAUUUGAAAAAAAAGACCACAUAUUUCGAAAUAUUUCCAAUACUGUUCGAUAUAUAAAAUUUUAAAGUACUUCCUUUCACGGAGUGAGAGCCUACGCGCUCGCCGGGUUAUCUCCGAAUACAGGAGUACGCAUCAGUACGCAUUCCAGUAUGGUUAAAGUUCAGUGGUCGUAAUCAUUGUCUAUCUUUCUCACAUAAUAGUGGACACAUUUCGUCCGUUACUGACAUAGAGAAUGCGCAGUCCAUUCUUUAUGUCGAUGUUAAAAAAAAAUGCCUAAAAUACCGAAUCUAUACAUAUGCUAUGUAUAUACCAAAUAUCCACCCAUACUAUCUGAUUCAAUCUUAAAAUAAUUUCCUGAUGCGUAAAGGCGUCUUACAUAACUUGUUUCGGUUACUCUAAUAAAGUGAAAAAUCAGUUAUUAAAAAGAAAAAUGUACAGACAAAUCAAAAAUAUAUACACGUGCAUUUUGUUAUAUAUUUCUAUAAAGUGUUCAAAUGGUCUUCUGUGCUACAGCUGCUAUGGCAAAAACAAUGCUCUAGACUGCGAAAUAAUCACCUGCAAAUUAUCGUUGUUUGGUGAUCUUAGAACUGUAUGUUACUAUCAGGUGUUCGAAAGUGGCUACCAACGCCGUGGCUGUGAAAAUGUGACAUCUGUAUUGUCUCAACUUACUGAGGGUAAUAUGACUUUAUAUUACUGUCGUGAAGAUUACUGUAAUGGAUAUUCUAAUGUGUUCUUAAAUGAUACACGACGCCAAUAUAAAUCGAGGGAAACACUAGUACCUGAUCUGAAACCCUCUUGGGAUUCUACUGUUCAUGAGUACUCAAGCUUGACAGGGGAUAAUAUCCAAGGAGAUUCAACUUAUAAUGACAUUUUUCUAAUCAUAAUAAUCAUCUGUUUAAUAGUUGCGAUGAUUUGUUUGUACUGUUGUAUUAUUAAGUCAAAAUGCCAGGAAACAUCCCAUAGUUUUUUAAAUACUAAUACUGCCAGACAUCGUAGUACAGACUUGGAAUAUUGUGGUAAUAAUAGCAAUUAUUAUUCUGAUAUAAGUUAUAAUAUUGGUAGAAGUAAUCUUAACGAUUAUAGGGAUUAUCCUUACAGUUAUGGUGAAACUAAUUGUGGUAGCGUAAAUGAUCUCGGUAGCGGUGGUAAUGACGAUGAUGGUGGCGGCGAUUAUGGUGGUGGCGACUGCGGUGGUGACGAUUAUGGUGGUGGCGAUUGCGGUGGUGACGAUUAUGGUGGUGGCGACUGCGGUGGUGACGAUUAUGGUGGUGGCGAUUGCGGUAGCGGCGAUUCUGGUGGUGGUGACUGUGGUGGUGGCGAUUGUGGUGGUGAUGACUGAUUCGCUAGUGAAAAAAAUAGAGAGUUCAUAUUCCGAAGUUCAAUGUUUACAUAAGAAUACACUUGCAUUUGAAAUAUUGUAUACUUUUAUGAAAAAAUCUUUUAGAGGUCUUUGCUACGUGUAAUAUUUCAGUGUUACAUACCAAUUUCACAAAGUGCCAUAGGAUAUUGGAUACUUAAUUGUCAAUUCAAUUUUGACCAGAAGUUAUAAAGAGUUUGUAAUAUGAAUAUUUUUAUCAGAAAUUAUGCUAUAUAAUAAAUAUCAUUGAAUAUAUAAUGUACAGUAGAUUCUCACUAAUCCGGCACAUAUCAGACCAGAGGUGUGCCGCAUUACCGACAUCACCGGAUUACUGGAAGGUUGUCAAAAAAGGCAUUUGAACAGCAUAAUCUGAUGUAUUGUACUGUGUUUUUAGUAUAAAACAACGUAUAAUGUAAAAAAGCGGGCGAAAAGAAAUACAGAAAAGUAUUACAUUGUUUUUCUCCGCAUUCAGAGACAUGCAGUGACAUUCAUGGUCCUUCCCUCUACGCUUGCAAGAAGCUAGCCUCAACGCCGGAUUACUGAGUGGGCUGGAUUAUAGAGUCUACUGUACAUACUAAUGUACUAGGAAAUGCCAAAAAUGAAAUUCGAAGCGCGGAUGCACACAAACGCA